AUGAUCACCCUAGAAUUUCAAAACUGCUUCAUCUUCAUCCUCUUAUGUCUCUUCCCACUUCUCUGUUACUAUAUCUUCUUCAAGAAGCCAAGCGGCCUUGAUCUGCCUCCGAGUCCUCCUUCUCUUCCGAUCAUUGGUCAUCUUCACCUUCUUCUCUCUGCUCUACUCCACAGAUCUUUAUUGAAACUCUCCUCCAAGUACGGACCUAUUCUCUAUCUCCACGUCUUCAGUUUCCACGUAUCCUCGUCUCCUCAGCUUCAGUUGCUUAUGAGAUCUUCAGGACACAUGACCUUCAUCUCUGCUCCAUACGGAGAUUACUGGAAAUUCAUGAAAAAGGUCCUCGUAACAAACUUGCUUGGUCCCCAAGCACAAGAGCGGUCAAGAGGUAUCCGAGCAAAUGAGCUAGAACGGUUUUAUAUGAACCUGUUCGAUAAGGCCAUGAAGAAGGAGAGCGUGGAGAUCAAUAAGGAAACGUUGACGCUCACUAACUACAGCAUCAGCAAGAUGAUCAUGGGGAGGAGUUGUUCAGAAGAGAGAUUCAAGGCUUUGGCUACCGAGUUAGAUGUUUUGACAAAGAAGCUUUUCUUUGCAAACAUGUUACGCGCAGGGUUUAAGAAGCUUUUCUUUGCAAACAUGUUACGGGCAGAGCUUAUAGCUUCUACUUUUAUUUAG